CUUUGCGGAGAGUACAGACUGGGGGAGUGCGAGGUUUCAUAGUAAGAGGGAUCAGAGAGGAAGAUGGCGCUGUCAGGACCGAACAGCUCCCUAUUGCAGGCUGAUCCUCGAAAUUAAUCACAGAAAAUACAUAUAGGCGUGUUUGUUAAUAUAUUCUAAUGCCGGCAAACGUCCGCUUGUGUUUUGAGUCUUACUUAUUUUGCCAUACAAAUAGGCUUCGAUUAAUCGGACUGUCAGAGGAAUGGGAUACUGGUGCCAUCCAAGGCUUGGUGCAGAGACCAGGGAUGGUAAUUAGAACAGUGUAGCGGCAUUACACUGCCCGACACUCCCUUUUUACACUGAAAUCAAACGAAAGCAGACUUUUAAAUGCCGUCUGGGCUGAUGCGAAACGAAAGUAACGGCAACGUUUCUCCUAAAUCUGAGUCGUUUUGCGGAAAAACAGGAAACAGGCGCUGGGAGCCGCUGUGAAAAGAUGGCACGUUUGAGUCAAUCCACCUUUCGCUUUCACCCCUUAAAUUAGCGUUUCGCGCCGCCUUUUUUAAUCCACCCUGCAAGAUAAUCGAAGAGGAGGAUGUCCGCAAUAUUAUUUGCCAUGUCAGUGUCUUCGUCGUUUUUCAGCCCGGCUUUUGCCUUCAGCUCGCAGCUCGACUCAGAUGGCGCCCCACCAGGCGAGCUCUCCUGGUCCUCCUCCCUGUCAGUGGUGGUGGUUUCCUUCUCCGGCCUCUUCACCUUUGUCUUUCUCAUGCUGGCCUGCCUGUGCUGCAAGAAAGAGGACAUUGGCUUCAAGGAGUUUGAAAACGCAGAGGGUGAGGAGUACCAGGCCGACCUCUCCACCCUGGCCUCCCCCGCCUCACAGACCAGCCCAGAGGUCUACAUCCUGCCCCUGACAGAGGUCUCGCUUCCUGUCUCCAAGCAACCAGGCAGAUCAGUCCAGCUGCUCAAGUCCACUGAUCUGGGUCGUCACAGCCUGCUCUACUUGAAGGAAAUCGGACAUGGCUGGUUUGGAAAGGUUCUGCUGGGGGAGGUGAAUUCGGGGCUUAGCGCCAUGCAGGUGGUUGUGAAGGAACUAAAGGCCAGCGCCAGUGUGCAGGACCAGACGCAGUUCCUUGAGGAGGCCCAGCCUUAUCGCACCCUGCAGCACCCAGCUCUCCUACAGUGUUUGGCCCAGUGCACCGAGGUCACACCCUACCUGGUGGUGAUGGAGUUCUGCCCACUGGGCGACCUGAAAGGCUACCUCCUCAGUUGCCGGGCUGCUGACUCCAUGACCCCGGAGCCCUUGAUGCUCCAGCGGAUGGCAUGUGAGAUUACAUCUGGACUUCUGCAUCUCCACAAACACAAUUUCAUCCAUAGUGACCUUGCCCUGAGGAAUUGUCUGCUAACUGCCGAGGCGACCGUGAAGAUCGGAGAUUAUGGGCUCUCGCAGAACAAGUACAAGGAAGACUACUUCGUAACGUCGGACCAGCUGUGGGUGCCUCUGCGCUGGAUCGCUCCCGAGCUUGUCGACGAGGUCCAUGGCAACCUGCUGGUUGUAGAUCAGACCAAGCCUGGCAACAUAUGGUCCCUGGGGGUGACGGUCUGGGAGCUGUUUGAGCUGGGGAACCAGCCGUACCGGCAGUACUCGGACAGGCAGGUGCUCACCUAUGCCGUGAAGGAGCAGCAGCUGAAGCUGACCAAGCCUCUGCUAAAGGUGCCCCUUUCUGAUCGCUGGUACGAGGUGAUGCAGUUCUGCUGGUUGCAGCCAGAUCAGAGGCCUACAGCAGAGGAGGUACACCUGCUGCUCAGCUACCUGUGCGCCAAAGGCGCGAGUGAAGCCGAGGAAGACUUCGAAAAGCGCUGGAACUCCAUGCGACCCAACAACAGUCAUUGUGCCGGCCUCGCUGGGGGCCUGCCUCCAUCCUGCUCCUCAUCCUCCUUCCCACUGCUGGAACGAUUCUCAUUGGCUGACAGCUACCAGCCCGAGCCUGGUGAUGAUGUCCUGACAGUUACCGAGACCCGUCACGGACUCAACUUUGAGUACAAGUGGGAGCAGGCUCGGCAUGAGCCGCCCUACCGCUCAUCCUCCACCAGCGGACCCCUAGGUCAGGGUGAUCCUCACUACCAGGACAUCUACUAUCCUUCUGUUGGCAGCUGUGGGGCAGAUGGACUCACACUUGGGGUCUCACCAUCCUACUACGACUCGAAGCAGCUACACACUCCUGGAGUGGUUCCUGUGCUGAGUGCACACAGCCCAUCAAUGAGCAGCGAGUAUUAUAUUCGCAUUGAGGAGCCUGUGGACUGCCACAUUGACAGAAACUAUUCCGUAUGCCCCUAUAGCCCUGGAUUUGAGGGCAGUGCUGAUGGGGGCUUUGUGGUUGGGAGUGGUGAGCCAGUAGGCUGCAUGAAUUGCCCCUCAGAGGCUCAGCCCAGCUCCUUUUGGUCAACAGACGUUCACAAAGCCAGCGCUUAUGACUCAGACAAUAGUCCAGCCAUCUCCCUGACCAUGGAACCCCUUUUAGGCCAGGUGUGCAGCCCCAUGCAACCAUGGGAGUCAGGCCACUAUGUGUCCUACAAGGAUAGGGAUGGUGGAUACUACUAUGACCAUUCUCCCGCCAUGGAGAUGGACCACUAUUUAAUGGAGGACAACAUGGAGCCCCAGGAGGAGAGUUGGGGAUCCCGAAGCCUCCGUCAAGCAUUGGGUGAGCUGGAGAAUCCACUCGGUAUCUCACCUUCUCUUAGUGACCCUAGGCAGGGGUACGGUGACCCCUGCAUGGCAGGUGAGUGCUACUAUGACAUGAUGGGCUCCCUGAGGAAGACCAUGCCCCGGCCGCACUCAGUCAGUAUUGGUCCAGAGGGCCCCCUUUUCAGGGACAGACGAGAUAGUGACCUGGAAGAAGACGACCUGUUUGUAGAGAGGGAGGCCAGAAGCUGGGCCUCGAACCACUCCGCUAACAACAACAGCUUGAACUUCUCCCGGAGGCCAGUGAGGUGCAGCCAGGACACCUACGUGGAUUACCAUUAUACCAUGCCUUCUACAGAUGUGGAGGAUUUGUGGCCACAGAUGGACGUCAAAGAGAAGUCAAUGUUCCGAUCCAAUAAUCCUCUCUGCUACCCAGAGCCUAUGAGAAAUAAUGCUGGUUGCCUCACCCUCAGCAAACACCACUCACUUAUCAAUCCCAGGGAGUGUAAUACUUGUGUAUACCCGUGCCACAAAGGCAGGGAGGAUCCAGUAUCACCAGUCAGGUACUGCCAGACUAUGGAUGGUCCACAGUCCGUCGAUCCCCUGUCUGGUACACUUGUCAGAAACUAUGGCAUCAAUAACUACUUCAGAGAGAAGAAAACUGAACCACUCCAUGCAGACAAAGCCAAGAAUCUGUCUACCUUACCCACAUCCCUUAUUGGAGAAUGUGUUUUAUCAAAAUCCCAGAUGUCAGAUAUGAACAGAACCCCUAUUCUUCUGGAGCACUCAGAGCACCAAACCAGUCUUGGUGGGGAAAUUUUGGGGAAAAAAGGUAAGGAGCAAGAAGCGUCAUCUACGACAGAUGUUAAAUUCAUGAUUCCGACUGUCCAUAUUGGGACAGAGAAGGCCACCUCGCCAGAUCCAGUUUCAGACAGCAGUCAGCUUGCGGACAGCGGUGUUGAGAGGGGAUGCUCCAGCAUCAGCCUUGUGGACAUAGAUGACUGCAGUGAUGAAGAUAUCACAGACGUUACCUCAGGAAUCUUUGUAGAUUUUAUAAUGGAUUAUGCAGAUUCGGGAAAUGCUCCAGCCGCCUUAAAAAAUCCCCAAGACCCGGCGGAAACCCCAGAUUCUGUUGAUUCCAUUGAUUUACCGUCUACUGCUGGCUCGUGCGAUGCCUUAAGCCCUGCUUCUUUUGAUACCUCCAGCCCACCUAAAGCCCACGACAGUGGCUAUGACACUGAGAACAAUGAAUCCCCAGAGUUUGUUAUGAAGGAACCUCUUGAGCCACGGGACCCUGAAGGGUUUUCCCAGUGUCUAGGGAAGACAUCUUUGUGUGGAAACCUAGCCCCAGGAGUCACUGAAGCCAAAGUGGUCCUACAGGCUGGAAUGGAUGAUAGUGCAAUUCCAGUUGUCUCAAUGACUAACAGCACAGAGCUUGACCUUACAAGCCUAUGUGAGAAAAACCCAUAUCGGGAUUCUGCCUAUUUCUCUGACUAUGAUGCAGAAAAUGAGCGAUUUUCCCAGGAUAAGGAAGACAACCUUCUGGACAAACUAGAUUCCGAUGACUUGGUACAAAAGGAAGAUGGUAAUAAGUCCCCAACAAAGCCUAUGGAGAAAGAGAGCUUGAAAACUCUGCAAUUAGAAAAGGAAGAAGGAGAUUGGAAGAAUAAUGAAGAGGAUCACAGUGAAAUUGAUGUGGAUGUUAAGAAGCUUUCCCCCCAACGAGAGUUCUCAGAGACCAAAGUAUGUGUCUCCUCCUCAGGACCCAUGUUCUCCAUGCUCUCCCCUUCUCCACCUGAAAUGGGGGGUUGCCUGACAAAGGAAUCUUCCCAAGAUGAAGGCUUAGGGUUGGAUUCUGAAAAUCCUGGGGAGGAAGCAUCCUCUGAGUCCUCUUCCUCCACAGUUUCUGAAGCAACAUCUGUCCAACAACAGCCCUCAACUUCAGGAGAUGGAUGUAAAGAAUCUGGGGGUGCUGACGACUCCCCGGCAGAACCUCUCAUCUCUGAUUCUGCCAGCACAGACAGCAAUACGGAGAUGCCCGCAGAGUCCAACGAUGACAAGACGGACCCAGUAGAGUGUGGGCAUCUCCAGGAGGAGGAAAAUGGGCAAGAUAACGUCUGUUCCAGAUCCAUAAGUGAAGAUCAGGAAGCCCAGGCUACAGACACAGUGUCAGAUGGUCUGAUGAAUAUUACUAAAUGUCCCUCAUCUCCUCCUCCUCCACCCCUGCCUCCAAUCGAAAGCAGGAUUUCACCAGGUGAUGGGGAGGAAGCCGAUUCAGAGGACAGCGAGGAAUCAGAUGAGGAGCUGCGCUGCUACAAUGUCCAGGAGCAGAGUGAGGAGAGCGAGGAGGAGUCCUCAACUGUGCCCGUUGUGGUGAGCGACUGCAGCGAUGCUUGCCACCUUCGCAGCCUCCUCAAGAUGCCCACCCUGCUCCCAGAGUCCUUCAGUGACGAAUUUGACCGCAAGAAGAAGGCCGUUUCCUUCUUUGAUGAUGUCACAGUGUUUCUUUUCGACCAGGAGAGCCCGACACGGGAGCUGGCAGAGGAUGGCUUCCCCCCUGGGGCGGAGUCCUGCGGGCAGGGCUCAGGAGCCACGGAGCCACACGCCCAGGAGAAGGUCAAUGCCACCUCUGAUGAAUCCUCAGAUGGAAACAUCUCAGAAGAGAGUGCAGGUUUUGAGUGGGAAGAUGAUUUCCCCUUGUUGCCCAAUGCCUCUUCUGUGGUGGCCACAAGAAGCACCCCAGAGAAGCCAUCAGCCCCCAGGCAGUCUGCUGAUCCUCCAGGGCCCAAGCCAGCAUUGCAGUUCUCGCGCUUCACUGUCUCCCCAUCCUUGGUCUCCCGCUUCUCCAUCACGCAUGUAUCCGACUCCGACAUCGAAUCUGCAGGAGGGAGCAGUGAGGACGGUGAGAGAGAGUGAGGCAUGGAAGUAAACCCCUCUGCUGGUCUACGUGUUAGGGACUCUGUCUCUUUUAUUUGAUGUUUUUGGAACAUGGACAGCCACCCUAAGAUGGCACGUCCUGGUGAUUGGACACCAUCAGUUGAAAAGGAGGCUUGAGUGAAGUCAGCAAAGAAAGAGACAAAAUUAAAUUUCUAUAUACAUAUUUAUAUAUAUAAAUAUAUAUAAACAUGCAGAUUAUGACAUCACCUUUUCAUCUCUUCAAAUUUGUGAAAUGAGACCGAACAAAAAAAACACACAAAGGACACUUGCUAGAUAUCACUGCUGUUUUUAUUCACUGGCUCUUCAUUUGCAGUUUGUUCACACAGUUACAGCAAGAUUUUGACAAGUAUGAAUAUUUUGCAAGUAUUUAUAGUUCUGGGAACCAGAAUGAUUUUAUUGCGGGAAGGGAAAACCAAUUUCUUUUCAUUCAUUUGUUAAAAGUACCUUUUCUUCAUCAUGGACAUGAAAUGGCGCAGAUUUCCUCCUUUCACAGUGGUGACUGGAUCCUGUGUCACAACCUCUCAAGGGACACCUUUAUGUACACCUGGGCACACAUCUGGCCCAGCGAGCUGAAAGACACCUAGGUGUGCACCUCGUUCCACACUAAGUCCAUAUGAAAAACAGACACACAUCCGGCCUCACACUUGAUUAAGAGAUCUGACUGAUCCUUUAAUGGACAACCACAGAGGAUCUUUUGUGUGGUUUCCUUUAUGUGGACAUCCUUUCCCAGAAGCAUGGCUCGUGUGCAGCUUGUCGUAUGGGUGCCAGUCCGAGGAUAAAGGUCAUAAGUGUUGACAGGCCGCAUUCCCGCCAGAUCAGGCUGAGGGAGUUUUGUUCUGUUUGAUCGUUUGUUUCUUUGUUGGUUUAAAGUGAAUGUUAUAUGCCAAAAAGAUGGGGGCCAAGACAACCUGCCUACCCCACCCACCCAAAGCCCUAGGAUUUACAGGCAUAAAACAGAUGCACUAUGGUAAAGAGUAGCAGAAUUUAGAAAUGAUCUGUCACAUCAUGAAGUUUAUAGGAAGAUAAUGAUCUGUGAGCUGGCAUGUUUUAUGUUUAGCAGGCAGGAUAAGAGAGUUGGACAUGUGACCCCUGUACUAUCCUUCAGUUUGAAAUAAAAACAAGAUGCAAUUUGAAGGACACACGAAACUACAAACUUUUGUGGAAAAAUAAGAGUAUGUAAGCAUGUCUACAACCCAGUGUUGGAGAUCACAGUACAGAUAAUUCUGAGUCAUUAAAGUUAUCUUUCUGAGAUAUUUAUAAUAUGUAAUGAUCAUGCGGUAUGUUCAGUGUUAACAUUUUUUUGUAUUUUUCUUUUCAGUUGUCUGUAGAACCUUUUAAAAAGUAUGAAAUGCUAUGUGUUAUAUGAAGAUGUUACUUUAGGUUCUGAAGGGAAUUCCCACACAGAAGCUGCUGUGGGCAGGAGCAGAGUCCCUCUUGUCAGGACAUCCUCUGGAGCUGUUUGCCACUGGCCUUGAAGACACCGAGUUCUCCGUUUCGAGCCGAGUGUUUUGUGUUACAUUCGCCGUUCGGGUUCAAUAUUCUGUAUCUGUUUGGCAUAGAUCUAGUUAGACUGCAGUCUGUACUAUUUUUGUAACUGAAAAGGCUUUAAAAAUAUAAAAAUUCAUAAAGACUAAAACAAAAUGUUGCCAAA